AUGGACUUGCCAGUCAGGACUGCGAAUCCUCUUCAUCUGACCAUACGGUUUACCACUUCCAUCCCGGAUCUACUCCUGGAUAUUUCCGAGCCUGAGCGUACCACCGUUGUCGCUCUGAAGCAUCUUCUUCGUUCACGCCUCGAUCCUCCAACGUCGCAGCACCGGCUUCGAUUUAUUCAAGGUGGAAAGCUUCUCCAAGACGGCGAUGUGCUCCAUUCGGUUCUCAAGAUCUCGACGCCUCCGCCUCGUACCUUUGAUCCCAAAGGUAAGGGCAAGGAACCUGAGCUGCCGGCUCAACGCGUCUAUAUAAAUUGCUCCAUCGGCGAUGUCCUUACGGCAGAUGAGCUCUCAGCUGAAGCCGCUGCAGCAGCUCAAUUGACAAAUAGAGCCAGUACAGGAACCACAAACGGCUCCAAAAGCGGUAGUCCGAGUCGACCUGCAGUCACCACUACUGCUGUUCGAGGCUUCGAUAGAUUACUGUCUGGGGGGUUCACAGCCGCCGAGGUCAACCAGCUUCGAUUACAAUUCCUCUCCAUACAGUCAAACAUUCAUACGCCAGAAACAAUGCCAUCACCGACAACUUUACGCCACAUGGAAGAUGCUUGGAUCGAUGACAACGCGGGUAAUACAGGUACAGGCGGUGCUGCUGGCGGUUUUGACUUCGGAGACGAUGGUCUUGGAGGUGGUGCUCUGGAUGACCUCCUGUGGGGAAACGUCAUGGGCUUCCUUUGGCCGCUGGGUUGUCUCGGUUGGGUACUGCGAGAAGAAGGAGUGUUGUCCGGUAGGCGUCAGAUGGCUGUCUUUACGGGUUUCAUGCUUAGCCUCACAUUCGGAAUGCUAAGAGUCAUGUCAUGA